CGAAGGCAAACAAGAGUCGAGUGAGCCGAAGAGAAUUUGCCAACAAAAUUUCAAAGAGGAAGCGAAACUCGAGUGGACAAAGGAAUAAAAGCUUCAGUCGGGGCGGCUUUGAAAGGUCAGUUUCAGUGCUAAUUGAAAUCACAAACACUUGACUUCGGAUUCACACGGCGACCCGACCCAAACAAAACACAAUGACAUCGCGAUUCUUCGCAGCGGAGUUCGGGACGGGCUCUGGACGGCCCGGGUCAACAGUUGGACCGUGCGGAGACCGUUUGCUCGCAGCGCAAACACGCUCAUCAAUCCGAAGCCCUCGUAUCUGCCAAAACACCAAGUGAAUUACGAUCCCUCUCAUGGGAGCGCAGCACUUAUCUCGCCGGACCUCACCAAGUCAUAAAAGCAGGUCGGUGUGAGUGCAGCCUGCGAGCGCGAUCUGGAACUCGGAGCGCGUCUUCAGAGAGUUCAUUUGUUAUCGUGGAGCUGGAAUGUCUCAAUGUUUAAAGCAGGAAUAGUUUGGCAGAACAGCGAACCGAAUGAUAUCUGAGGGGAAUUAUAAAGCGUUUCCUGGGCAGGAACUCUCCCUCAACUCUGGAAGACACUGAACAUUUUUGUUUCUUGCGAUCCUUUGAGUUAACCUUCACCAAACUGUAAGGACUGGGGUUUUUUUGUUGUUGUUGUUGUUCUUGUUUAAAUGUCCAUAUUGUUGGAGCGAUAUCAAAACUAACUCCAAACUGCAUAUGUGACGACUGAGCUCCAACAAAAGAAGGAGUCGAGGUGGCCAUCUUGGGGAGGGAAUCGUCCAGUGGGAACCCUAAUCUGGUCACGCACAACAGUGGAGUUCAUUUGUUAGAUUUUUUACUUUUUUGCUAACUUUGAAAACAUUUAUCUUUCCCUUAAUCAUGUUUCCUGAAUCAAUUCUAAACAACUAAUUCACUUGGCUAUUUCGUUGCAGGAACUUAGUUUACAUUCUGGUCACAUGAAUUAUUCAUAUAUUUCCUAAAAUAUAUCUAUGCAUGUAGCCCUAAGCAUUAGGUAGAUUACUUGUUUGUUGGACGCAAACAAACUUUAAUGUUAUUUUUGGCUGCAACCGAAUAAAGUUGCAGAAUGUGCAUGCGGCGGAAUGGUUGUUUUUAUUUUCUAGUACCUCAACUAAGAGAAGAUUCAACUCAAUGACAACCUGCCUUUAGUUUCUAAUUCCUGCAGCCAUGCAGGAAGAAGCCUUCAGGAACAUCACUGCAGGCCCCGCCCCCUCUGAGGAGUCAGCAUCGCCCGCGCACGGAGUUGACAAGUGCGCCUCCCUCCUCCCCUCCUCUCCAGAACGUUGUUUGACAAGCCCAUCUUUAUAGGCUUCGCCGGAGGCAGUUUCUUUCAUACACACACACAAAAAAAAGGAGAAAAAAAAGCGCAAAGCCGCAGAGUCUCCAUUCUGCUCUCAGUGCGGGUGGAACAACCUGCAGAGCCGCAGAGGGAAUCAGGAGGGACUGAGCAUCACUCUGAGCUGGACUGGACAGUUUUGGAGGAUUUUGGACUCGCUGCUGGUUUCAGAUGCACCUGUGGAUGCGCCUCUCCAUCUGGAUUUGCACAGGAAUCCCUGCGUGCCGCAGCUGAUAUUCCCUCCACUGCACCAACCCGCGGUUUUGCUUUUUUUUUUUUUUCUGCGUGCUUUUAUUUCAUCUUCCUGCAUAAGAGGAGAGGCUUGCACGAUGCUGCUGGGACUCCUCUUCCUGAUGGCGCUGCCUCUGCUGAGCGUCGCGUCCUUCGUGCCCUGCGAGCCGUGCGACCCGAAAGCCCUGUCCAUGUGCCCGCCGGUGCCCGUCGGCUGCCAGCUGGUGAAGGAGCCCGGCUGCGGCUGCUGCCUGACGUGCGCCCUGGAGGAGGGCCGCGCGUGCGGCGUGUACACGGGGCCGUGCGCGCGCGGGCUCCGCUGCCUGCCGAAGAGCGGCGAGGAGAAGCCGCUGCACGCGCUCCUGCACGGGCGCGGGCUGUGCGCCAACGAGAAGCUGCACAAGCUGCAGCAUCCACCCAAAGACCCAGUGGAAACCAAGGUGCCCCUAUAUGGAGAUCACAUCAGCAGUCGGAAGAUUCACGCCAUGAGGCUAGCCAAGGACCGUAAGAAGUAUUUAGCCAGGCCUGGAUCAAGCAACAACCGAGAGCUCCCGCCGUCUGCCCUGGACAACGCCGAGCCGGAAUUUGGGCCUUGCAAAAGAGAACUUGAUAAUCUCAUUCAUGGCGCCUCUCGGGUCCUGAGCGUUUCUUUGUACGUACCCAACUGUGACAAAAAGGGAUUCUUCAAGCGCAAGCAGUGCAAGCCGUCUCGCGGUCGGAAGCGAGGCGUCUGCUGGUGCGUGGACCGCUUUGGCAAAAAAAUCCCAGGUAGCAACUCUCCCCGCGGAGAACUGCAGUGCAAAGAUGUUGACAGCGGCAACAACAGCAGCGAUUGAGAGCAAACCGCUUCCAGAGCCCAACUUCUUCCUCUUAAAACCUGCCAAACAAGCUAGCACACUUUAUGACUGACAAUCAGGAGAAUAUGGCACAAACACUUUGACUUUUUGUUGAUUGUGAUGGACUGCAUUGUCUGUUGUAGAGAGGAGGCAAACCUUAUAUCCUAUAUCGGCGAGAAAUGCAUAGAGAGAGUUUUUCUUUCGUUUAUAAAGUCUGUUGCAGUUCAUAUAACUAUAUAUAUUUUUGGAAAUGAUGAAAAAGGUGACAACACAUAUUCGAAAUGUGGCUAACUAUCAAUACUUCUCAGUUGACUUUCCUGAUAUCGUUGAGAAGGGAGCACGGCUAACCAAACUAGCAGACAUCUGCCAAAACGAGUGAGUUUUGUUCCGAUUAGCAGCUUUUCUCAGGUGCAACACGAUGGAUACUUGAGAGUCACAAAAUCCACUUUUAAACAUUUAAUCUGACUUAAACUCUUUAUGGUCUUAGUUUAGCAGACAAGGCUCAUUUCAAAAUUUUAAUACCCAAAGAUUUUUUUUUCCAAUCUGUCUUGGUCAGGUAAUAAAAUACCUCAACAGAGUUGAUGUUAUAUUUGAGAUUUUCAACAUUAAUGCCCAGCUAUAUAUGAUAAAAACACCUUUUUCUGUUAUGUUGUAGGACUGCAUUCGUGCAAAGUGAAUCAAAAGGCUUUGAUUGUUGCACCACAGGUCACUAGUUUGAUUCCCAGGUUAUCAUAUAUAUUUUUUAGCAAUCCUGGUAAAAUGUAGGUAGUUGAGACGAUGUUUAGAUUACCACUAAACCUUCACUAAUACCAAUUUCGAUGAAUCAUUUCUGACACUCUGGGAACUUCUGUACCACAAUCAGGGAAAGUUUUUUUUAUUUUUUCGGGGAAAUAAGCAAAACGGACAAAACCUCAGUCAUAAAAAAGCUCAUUGUACAGUUAAACUUCGAAUUCUUUCUAUUUCAGGCUCUCGGAGCUGCAGUCACUGUUUCUAAAUGCCUGUACUAAUGUUUGGAUGCCCCACGAGUGCGUUUGUGUGUGCUUCUCGACGUCAGGAUCGAGAAGCGGCUCAACCUUUCAGAGUGCAUUUCCCACCGGAGCCCACACACAAAUCGUAUGCAAAGGCCCCGUCUUUCCACUCGGAGGGCCCUCGCCGCCAGGCCAGGCCCCCCCGCAUGCAAAUCCGCAGGCGACUCGCUCCCAGGGCUCACCGGGCCCUUCGUCCUGCCGGGAGCGAGGUCGCAGAGUUUGUACGUAAAUGAAGUGCCUUCCGCCCCAGACUGCUUUGAAUCUGGAUUUGCAUGCGGAGCCAUCGUGUGGUUGAAAGAGGGCGACCCAAGCAACAUUUAAAAAAAAGGGAAAAAAAAGGGAAUAAUAGUAAUAAUAAUUAAAAAAAAAAAAAAAGGAAUCAUUUAAUGUGUGGAUGGGAUUUGCUGACAAAUU